GGAGGGCGGGGCUGCCGGGAGGGGCUCCUCGGAGGCCCCGGAUGGGGCGGGAUUUGGGCGGCAGACGGCGAUCCGUCGGUUCCCAAGGCAACCGGGUUCAACAGUUGGAGCCACACGGUUGUCUGGAGGCUUCCUGGUUCCCAUUUGCCAACAUGUGCGCCGCCGAGGUGGACCGCCACGUUGCCCAGCGAUACCUGCUCAAGCGGCGGCUCGGGAAGGGGGCCUAUGGCAUCGUGUGGAAGGCGGUGGAUCGGAGGACUGGCGAGGUCGUGGCCAUCAAGAAAAUCUUUGAUGCCUUCAAGGAUAAGACGGAUGCCCAGAGGACGUUCCGGGAAAUCAUGCUUCUCCAGGAAUUUGGGGACCAUCCUAACAUUGUCCGCCUCCUGGAUGUGAUUCCGGCAGAGAACGACAGGGACAUUUACCUGGUGUUUGAGUCUAUGGACACCGACCUGAAUGCCGUCAUCUGCAAGGGCACGCUGCUGAAGGACACCCACAAGCGCUACAUCUUCUACCAGCUGCUGAGGGCCACCAAGUUCAUUCACUCAGGGCGAGUCAUCCACCGGGACCAGAAGCCAUCCAAUGUUCUCCUGGACGCCAGCUGUUUGGUGAAGCUCUGUGACUUUGGCCUGGCUCGCCCCCUCAGCGGCCUCCCUGAGGUGCCCGAGGGCCACGCCCUGACGGAGUAUGUGGCCACGAGAUGGUACCGGGCUCCAGAGGUGUUGCUGUCUUCCAGCUGGUACACCCCCGGGGUGGACAUGUGGAGCCUGGGUUGCAUUCUGGGGGAGAUGCUGCAGGGGCGGCCCUUGUUCCCUGGCACGUCCACCCUCCACCAGCUGGAGCUCAUCCUGGAGGCCAUCCCGCCACCGUCCAAGGAGGGCCCAGGCAGACACUGGAUGCCCUCCUGCCCCCCGAUACCCCUCCAGACGCCCUGGACCUCCUCUCGCGACUCCUGGUGUUUGCCCCGCACAAGCGGCUCAGCGCAGCCCAGGCCCUGCAGCACCCCUACGUGCAGAGGUAGCGGCUGGGGGUGGCGGUGGGCUGCAAAGCUCGGAGGGGCUCUCCCGAGGCAGCCCGGCCCCGCUGCCCCAGCACCCGCCUGGCUGGCUCCCUGCAGGUUCCACUGCCCGGCCCGUGAGUGGACGCUGGGGGGUGCCGUGCGGCUCCCGGUGCAGGAAGGAGCCCAGCUCUCAGCCGCCGAGUAUCGCCGCCGCCUCUAUAAGAUGAUCUUGGAGCGCAGAGGCCACGGCCGCCUCCGGAAGGAGACGGGUCUGGGGGGCAGCCCCCCAACCCCCGAGCCGGAGGCCCAGCUGCCCUCGGGCUCGCCUGCGUGGAACCCCGGACGCCGGCCUCGGAGUAACCCCGGCCACGGGCCCGUGCACGACGCCCCCGGCGGAGCCCAGGACCCUCCCAGGCAGAACUCAGACCCCCUGCACCAGCCUCCGCCCCCAGGAGGUCCUGGGAGAGGGGCGAGGCCCGGCGGGGCGACGUCAUCCUCGUGGGUGAAGCCCAGCGCGAGGGAGGCGGCGCCCUCGUUGACCUCGCAGGCCGCCGCCCAGGUGGCCGUCCGGGCCCUGAUCCGGAGUGACCGGAACCCGGGCCGCGGUGCGACCGCGCCCGGCGCGCCACGGGUUCCUCCUCGACCUCCGGGGGCGGCCCGGCCCGGUCGGAGAAUGUUCGGUGCCUCCGCAGCGCAGGGGGCCCAGGGGGCCACGCGGGCCGCGCUGGGGGGCUAUUCCCAAGCCUACGGGACCGUCUGCCUCUCGGCGCUGGGCUGCCUGCCCCUCCUCCAGGGACCUCGCGCCUGAGCCGCCCUGCGGGUCUUCAAGAGGACCUCCCCGGUGCCCAGCCCCGCCCCAGUCCCUAGGUUGCCCCUCCUCCGGCAGGUUCCCGGGCCCAAGCCCCCGGUGCUCUCCUCCUACCUUUUCCCCAACGCACCCUCUCCUGGCCACAUUUAAGCCCCAGGCCGCCGAGGUUCACACCCAACCUCCAUCACUUCCUCCAAUAAAGUUCUAUCUGUCCCCCA